UUGUGCCAAAGUAAAAUCCCAGAUGAAGAUUCCCAAAAGGCGGAAAAGGAACGGACGGUGCGCCAGAUAAAUGGCUCUUUUAAGUCGGGAGCUGCUCGUGUUCUGUCUAGCUGGCAGAUGCAUUGCCUAGUCCCUGGCCUUCAGGAGAACGCCAACAUGAACGGGACUUCUGAGCAGGCUGACAUCCUGCCGCCAAACUGCAUGGUCAAAGACCGAUGGAAAGUGCUGAAGAAGAUUGGUGGGGGUGGGUUCGGAGAGAUCUAUGAGGCCUUGGACCUGCUGACAAGGGAGAAUGUGGCACUGAAGGUAGAGUCGGCCCAGCAGCCCAAGCAGGUGCUAAAGAUGGAGGUGGCUGUACUUAAGAAGCUGCAGGGUAAAAAUCAUGUUUGCAAGUUUAUAGGCUGUGGGAGAAAUGACAAAUUCAACUAUGUGGUGAUGCAGCUUCAGGGUCGAAACCUGGCCGACCUACGGAGGAGUCAGCCAAGAGGAACAUUCACCAUGAGCACCACCCUACGACUUGGGAAACAGAUCCUAGAGUCUAUUGAAGCCAUCCACUCAGUGGGUUUCUUGCACCGUGAUAUAAAACCGUCAAACUUUGCGAUGGGCCGACUUCCCUCCACCUACAGAAAGUGUUACAUGCUGGACUUUGGUUUGGCACGGCAGUACACCAACACCACAGGAGAGGUCCGACCGCCCAGGACUGUUGCUGGUUUCAGAGGAACGGUCCGCUACGCUUCAGUUAAUGCCCACAAAAACAAGGAAAUGGGUCGCCAUGAUGACCUUUGGUCAUUGUUUUACAUGUUGGUGGAGUUUGCUGUUGGGCAACUGCCAUGGCGGAAGAUCAAAGACAAGGAACAAGUUGGUCAGAUUAAAGAGCGUUAUGACCACCGGUUGCUGCUCAAACACAUGCCUUCCGAGUUUAGUACCUUCCUGGAACAUGUCCUGGCCCUGGACUAUUAUACCAAACCAGAUUACCAGCUGCUGAUGUCAGUGUUUGAGAACAGCAUGAAGGAGCGGAUCAUUACUGAGAAUGAGCCCUUUGAUUGGGAGAAAGGGGGAGGUGAUGUCACGUUGUCGACGACUGCCUCCACCCAACCUCAGCACAACACGCGACCCACUGCAGCCAUCGUAGGUGCCAUUGUGACGCCGAUUCCUGGAGACCCGCAAAGGGAAAAUACGGACGAUGUUCUGCAGGACGAACACCUUAGCGAUCAGGAGAACGCUCCUCCUCCACCACCCAGUCGACCGCCCGGUGAGGCGGUCAUCCAGCAUGCUGGAGAGUCAGGAGAAGCCUGGGAGGACACAGACUUCAACCGUAACAGACUCAGGAUAAGCCUUAACAAAGGAGCUCAGGAAGAAGAGGCAAGUCGAGGGGCAUGUCUAGUGUCGCCAGCUCGAGGCGGAGCCCCAGAGUCACCAACAGGUCAGGGUCGGUCGUUACGAUACCGCCGGGUGAACAGCCCAGAAUCUGAACGGAUGUCCGCUGGUGAGGGACGUGCGGACGCCUAUGGACAGAGAUCUAGGAUGGACAUCCUGGGAUCUCCCUCCCGCCACGCCUACUCCUCUCAGCCAGCUCAAAUGCUGUCCGUUGAUCCUGGUUGCCGUGGAGAUCGUCAGGUCAGCGGGCGCCAAGAGAUGUCAGUGGCAUCUGUUGACCAAGAGGCACACAGCAAUGCUUUCAUCCGCUCGGUCCCUCUGGCUGAGGAGGAGGACUUUGACAGCAAAGAGUGGGUGAUCAUUGACAAAGAGGCAGAGUUGAGGGAUUUCCAUCCAACCACAUCGGGAACUACUGACGAGGAGCCAGAGGAGCUCCGCCCACUGGAGGAACAAGAGGAAAGAAGAAGGCUCCGGGCUGGAGGUGGGGAGUUGGUGGUCCGUCCAAAGUCUCACACUAGAGAAAGCAGCCGAGGGAUGCUAACCUUAACUGAGGAAGAAACAUCAAGGAGGAGUGGCGGGAGCCCUGCACAGUCGCCUUGUCACUCCCUGCCGUCGGGACGGCCUCGUCGGAGAGAGUCGGAGCCAACUGGACCUCAAAGACCGUUGGAGGACGACAGGCACCAAACGCGUCCAAAUCAGCUGAGGAGGCUGGCCUCCUACGUCUUUUCCUCCUCCACCUUGGAGACAGAGCACUAUCCUCACGCGGGAGGUAGCUUCAUCCAGAGGAGCCGCUCCGCCGAAAGCAGCCCUGCCCACAUGACUCCCGGCACAUCGUCGGCCCGACGACGACACGCGGGCACUUUGCCGACACCAGGCAGCCCUCGAAGCAGACAGUCCAUUCUAAAUGCAUCAAGAGUGCAACAGAUGCUAGCUAAGCUCAUGAACAAGAACAGCAGUUGA